AUGAACCCACUGAGUGCCGUCAGGCGGAAGUCCCGCCUUAUCACCCUCUCCCGAUCCGCAUCGCCUGCCGCUUCGAUUGAAGCGGGUUCCGCAAGCCCCAAGAGCGACACCAACAAGGCCCUCCCUCCCCAGCCGAAGCCGGCACUACAGCUCAACUUCUACCAGCGCGGUUUCAAUGCGAUGAUCGCUUACUCAGACGCGACGGUGCACUAUCACAUCUCGAUCUGCAUGAACUGCUUCGUGCCCUCGUCGUUCGUCACCGUCAUUAGAAGAUCGCACGAGAAGGGCGAGUUCAUCAGCUCGUUCGAAAUGGGUAUUUCUACCCAACGUGCAACGGUGAACAUGCGCGGUGACGAGAAACUCGUGGACAGCGUCCUGUCCAAAACGGGGCCCGGGCGGAAAGCGAACGAUCGCCUCUGGAAAUGGAAGUGGGACAAUGCACACGGGCACGGCAUCGGCUGGAAGGGCGAGAAGCCUGUACGGAACUGCUACCGCUUGGACAGUGCCGGAGUCCCCGCGGGCCCCAAACUCGCUGCCUUCGUUCUGGGCUCGUCGGCCGCGCAGCAUGCAUCCAAGUCUCCGCAGCCCGCUUCGCUCAUGAUCUACCCCGAAGGACUGCCCGUCGCUGAGCAUAUCAUCACGUCGGUGUUGGUGCUGGAGCGAAAGCGGCUGACGCCGACGCCGACCUAUGCCACGAUGCGUCUUAACCCGUGUCGGGUCAUGCGGCUCACCAAUGCCAGCGAGCUCCUCACACGCGCCCAGUCCCAGGCUUACAGGCCCGGCAAGGCAUCCGACGUUCAUAAAGCCGCAGAAGCGCUUCACCCCCAACCACCACAACGCAACGUCCUUGCGGACCCCAACCCCGGGCACACGGAUAACAGAUGUCAGGUCAUUCCCGCGGAUGGCGAGCCUCCUUGCACACGACGCGGGAAGGCUCCAUGGGUCCAAAAAGACGAGCGACCCCGAGCUGACCGAGGCGAGAACCGCAUACUCUGUCCGGAACACGACAACGAGCGCCAACGGUUCUACUUCAGGUACAAGGCUGCAGCCGCGGAGACGGACAGGCAGGAUAUGGACAUCGCAAAGAACGCGAUCUUCCAGGUGCUGCUUCAGGUGCUGAGUGCAGAGCAGGUCGGGGAGGCGAUCACGAUGCGGGAGACGUUUGCGAGCUUGAUCGACGACGAGUUUGCGGCGCGCGAGAGCCACCGUAGGCGAUUCGUUACACAAGUGGAUUUCGGGCACUCGAAGUGGCUGAGGGGCCGGCAGCGCAUGCGAGACGCGAACAGGAAUGCCCUUAACAAGCUGCGCCGCCAUCGGGAAUCCCUGAGCGUUGCAUCUGGUGGAGCUGGGAACGCCCCCAGGACUACGCAGUUCCCGGGGAUAGUCAAAACCUGCGUUACUGUUGCCGUGCUCUUGGCUGCAUCCGUUGUAGUCGUAUUGCUGAAACGCACUGCUAACUUGUGGCUAGGUCCGGACGAUGAGGGUGAGGAUGAGGAUGACUAG